UGCCCCCUUAGCCCCUUUCUCUCACCCUUCGCUGCCUUCCACUGGCGGUUACUCACCGUGGGCCGUGGCUUCUUAGUUCUUACACCCUCCAUUUCUUGUUAGAUCCGGACCAGAAAACUCAAGUAGAGUCAAAUUGAGGGAGAGGAAGGAAGGAAGGAAGGAAGGAAGAAGAUGUUGCUCAACGUAAUCGAGGACGAAGAGAAAUGGCUGGCGGAAGGAAUCGCCAGCGUUCAGCAGAAUGCCUUAUUCAUGCAUCGCGCUCUGGACGCUAAUAACCUCAGAGAUGCUCUCAAGUACUCAGCUCAGAUGCUUUCCGAGCUCCGGACGUCGAAGCUCUCGCCUCACAAGUACUACGAGCUCUAUAUGCGAGCGUUUGAUGAGAUGAGGAAGCUGGAGAUGUUCUUCAAGGACGAGAGCAGGCAUGGAGUCUCGGUCGUCGAUUUGUAUGAGCUUGUACACCACGCAGGCAACAUAUUGCCUAGACUGUAUCUACUCUGUACGGUUGGAUCAGUGUAUAUGAAAACAAAGGAAGCUCCACCCAAAGACGUGCUUAAGGAUCUUGUGGAAAUGUGUAAAGGCGUUCAGCAUCCAGUUCGUGGAUUGUUUCUUAGAAGUUACCUCGUUCAAGUCAGUAGGGACAAGUUGCCUGAUAUUGGUGCUGAAUAUGAAAGAGAUAGAGAUGAAAGCUCUGUCAUGGAUGCUAUAGAAUUUGUGCUGCAGAAUUUCGUUGAGAUGAAUAAACUUUGGGUCCGAUUGCACCAUCAGGGACCUGGUCAGGAUAGAGACAAGCGAGAAAAGGAAAGAAGCGAGCUCCGUGAUCUUGUGGGGAAGAAUCUUCAUAUUCUUGGUCAACUAGAUGGUGUGGACCUUGAAAUGUAUAGAGAAAACGUUCUGCCCAGAGUCUUAGAGCAGGUUGUCAAUUGUAAGGAUGAACCGGCACAGUAUUACUUGAUGGAUUGCAUAAUUCAGGUCUUCCCAGAUGAGUACCAUUUGCAGAGUCUGGAGACGUUAUUAGCAGCUUGCCCGCACCUUCAGCCAAGUGUAGACGUCAAGACUGUUCUCUCUCAGUUGAUGGACCGAUUGUCCAAUUAUGCAUCCACUUGUCCAGAUGUUAUACCAGAGUUCCUGCAAGUAGAAGCUUUUGCAAAAUUGAGCAGUGCUAUUAGCAAGGUUAUAGAAGCACAAGUUGACAUGCCUAUUGUUGGAGCCAUUACUUUGUAUGUCUCUCUGCUUACAUUUACUCUCCGCGUUCAUCCAGAUCGUUUGGACUACGUUGAUCAAAUACUGGGUGCUUGUGUGAAGAAGCUUGCUGGGAAGCCUAGACUUGAAGACAAGAGAGCAACCAAACAAAUCGUUCUACUCCUAAGUGCUCCUCUGGAGAAAUACAAUGAUAUUGUCACUGCUUUAACACUUUCAAAUUAUCCUCGUGUUAUGGACCACCUGGAUAAUGAAACAAUUAAAGUCAUGGCUAUGGUUAUAAUUCAAACCAUCAUGAAGAACAGUACCUGCAUUUCCACUGCUGAUAAGGUUGAGGUCUUGUUCGAAUUAAUAAAAGGCCUCAUUAAGGAUUUGGACGUAACAACUGCAGAUGAGCUCGACAAGGAGGAUUUCGAGGAAGAGCAAAAUUCUGUUGCUCGCCUUAUAAACAUGUUAUACAAUGAUGACCCUGAAGAAAUGUUACAGAUUAUUUACACAGUGAGAAAGCAUGUAAUGAAUGGGGGGCCAACGCGACUACCUUUUACAGUUCCCCCACUCGUAUUUUCUGCAUUAACGCUUAUCAGACGCCUGCAAGCUCAGGAUGGAGAUGUAGUGGGAGAGGAAGUGCCUACAACACCAAAGGCAAUUUUCCAGCUCUUGAAUCAGACUAUUGAAACUCUUGCAGUUGUUCCAUCACCCGAGCUGGCAUUAAGGUUGUUCUUGCAAUGUGCUGAGGCAGCUAAUGACUGCGAGCUUGAGCCAGUUGCUUAUGAAUUUUUCACCCAGGCUUACGUGCUGUAUGAAGAAGAGAUUGCUGAUUCCAAGGCUCAGGUGACGGCUAUACAUCUAAUCACUGGAACUCUCCAGAGGAUGCAAGUAUUUGGAGUUGAGAACAGGGAUACAUUAACACACAAGGCCACUGGAUAUUCUGCAAAGCUUCUGAAGAAGCCUGACCAAUGCCGUGCAGUUUACGCCUGUUCCCACCUCUUUUGGGUCGAUGACCAGGAUGGGGUCAAGGAUGGAGAAAGAGUCCUUCUGUGCCUGAAGCGGGCGCUGAGGAUCGCAAAUGCAGCCCAACAAAUGGCCAAUGCUGCCAGGGGGAGCAGUGGCCCAGUUACACUCUUUGUCGAAAUACUAAACAAGUAUCUCUACUUCUUUGAGAAGGGCAAUCCGCAGAUCACAAGUAAUAUGAUCCAGGAUUUGGUUGAAUUAAUAACCGAAGAGAUGCAAAGCGACUCUGUCACCGCCGAUCCAGCUUCUGACGCUUUCUUUGCCAGCACGCUCCGGUACAUCCGGUUCCAGAAACAGAAAGGUGGUAGUAUGGGUGAGAAAUUCGACUCAAUUAGCGUCUGAUUUCUCGCAUUGCAUGCACUAAAAUUAUUUGUUUUCUUGGGUUUGAGUAGAGAGAAAGGAAUGCUUGCGUGUUGUACAAAAGGAAAAAGGUUUGUGUUUGGUUUCAUUUUCUGAAGUUGGGGCAUAGAAAUGUGUGGUCGAUUAGAAAGAGGGGAAGAGGAAAUGAAUGGGGGUAAAAUAUGGUGGCUGGCUGAAAUCAGUGUGUUAUACUUCAUUGUUGCUUCUAAUUAACAAAGACGUGUCUAAUGAUAGGCCACGCUUUCACGGUUCGUAUUCGUACUGAAAAUCAAAUACGUGUCUAAUG